AUGUCUUCCUCGCCGACCGUCACGGUCAACGGCUGCACCAUCGUGGGCGCCUUCCAGCCCGCCUCGGCCAAGUACCCCAAGGCGCUGGACAUCUUCCACGGCAUCCCCUUUGCCAGCGCCCAGCGCUUCGCCCCCGCCGUCGCGACGCCUCUGGGCGACCAGGCCUCGGGCCUCGUCAUCGAUGCCUCCCGGCCGGCGCCCUCGCAGCCGUUCCCGAUGGCGCCGCACGCAACGGCCGAGGACCCGCUGAGCCUCAACAUCUUCCGGCCGUCGUUUUCGUCGUCGACGUCGGUGUUUGUGGUGGCCGAUGGCGAUGGCAUCGGCAAUGAGGAGGAUGCUCUUGCUGCUGCGGCCGGGACGAGGCGAGACCUGCCGGUGGUGGUGUACGUGCAUGGCGGGGCCUUUAACUUUGGCUUCCCCGCGGAGAGGGAUCUGGCGUCGUUUGUGGCCUGGGGGAGGAAUCAGGUGCUGGUUGUGAGCAUUUCGUAUCGCCUGGGCGCGCUGGGGUUCUUGGCCGGCUCGCCAGAUGUAACGACAAAGGGCCUGAAUCUGAAUCUGGGGUUGAGGGAUCAGCGGGUGGCGGUUGAGUGGGUGAGGCAGUGGAUCGGCGAGUUUGGCGGAGAUGUUGAUGAUAUCACGCUCUGGGGAUCAAGUGCUGGGGCUCAUUCAGUCGGUCAUCACAUGCUGAACCCUUCUCCUCUUCCAUUCCGCAAGGCCAUCCUCGAGUCUGGCUCUCCAACCGCGCGCUCUGUCCUCUCAGCGUCACAUCCUCGCAACGUUGGACAGCUAAGCGAACUCGUCAUGUACGCCAACAACAAGCCUCUCGACUCCCUACCCAUCGACUCCCUCGUCCAGUCUUCCUUCACGGUGUAUGCGAUGCACCACACAGCCGUGACCUGGCCGUUCCAGCCCGUUAUUGAUGGCCCUGGAGGCGUCAUCCCCGACCUACCGCUGAACCUGUGGCGUGAUCUCAUCAGUUCGGGCCGCGCAAAGGACUUAUCCGUCAUCACAGGCUUCUGCUCUCAUGAGGGCACGACUUUUGCUCCCCAGCAUGCUUCUACCAGCGCCGAAUUCCGCUCCUUCUUCCAGAAACUCAUCCCUUCCUUUUCAGCAGACGAUCUUGAUGCCCUCGAGAUGCUAUAUCCAGAUCCUCUCAUCCAUCCUGAUUCUCCCUACCGUCAACCUCCCGGUAUAGGCGGUCCUCAGAAACGCCCUUAUGGCGCUCAGUUCCGACGCAUUCACGAGGCGUAUGGCCAUUACGCCUAUAUAUGUCCUGUUCUACACACCGCGCACACAUUAUCUAGAGCCGGCGCCCGCGUCUAUGUAUACGAAUAUGCUGCGCUAUCUUCCCCCUUCAAGGCAGCGUCUCACGGCGACCAACCUCCAGCCGUAACGCACGAUCUAAACGUCCUCGAAUUCACCCCAGGCCUCGUAGCCACCGCCAAAGAAAUGAGCCAACGCUGGAUCUCUUUCUCCUCAUCUCCAUCUGGCACCCUGGACCAAGGCGACGCAGAUGAAGCAUGGCCCGAGUUUCAAUCACCCUUUGGAGACGAUGGCUCUCUGCCGGGAGCUGGACUCGGCGAGCUCCUCGUCUUUGGAGAUGGCAAUGAUGAAGCCGCGGGAGGCCGGAAUCAGGGCACGCCGGUGAAGACGAGGACGCUGACGGAGAGGGAGCUGGAGCAAUGUCGCUUCUGGUGGGACCGCAUGGAGUUGAGUCAGGGCAUGGGAGAGCGAGGCGCAGCGACAGCCUGGUUAAGAGCGUGA